AUGUCCUCAUAUUCUCCCAUAGAUCAAUUGGAAUAUGAUGAUAGGGAGAGCAAUCCUACACUUUUAAAUGAAUCAGUUAGGAGCAAAUCGACAGGAUCAUGGAUAAACCAGGAAAAUAUUCGAGAGGUUCAACGAUUCAACGAAUUUAGAACUAUAGAUUGGGUAGAAGAUGAAUUAGAUGCCCAGAGACAAAGAUUACUUAAAGUUAAACAAAUUACAUCCAGAGGAAAUAAUAUGAUGGAUAAAAUAUUCUCACAAACUCAGAACUGGGUAGUGCUAGGGAUCAUGGGUUGUGUGAUUGGAUUAAUUGCUGGGUCAUUAAAUAUCAUCACUUCGUUCUUGUCAAAUAUCCGAACUGGCCAUUGCAAGAAACAUUUCUACUUAAGUGAAGCCUUUUGCUGUUGGGGUGAAAAAAGUAACCACUGCCCAAAUUGGGUGGAAUGGACCCCGCUUGUAUUUUUCAAUUAUAUUGUUUAUGUUCUAAUUUCAUUGUUAUUUGCUUUUCUGGCAGCAAAAUUAGUCAAAUAUUAUGCCCCUUCAGCAGCUGGAUCGGGAAUAUCUGAGAUUAAAUGUAUUAUUUCCGGGUUUGUUAUGGACGGGUUUUUGGGAUGGCCGACAUUGUUCAUUAAAAGUUUGGGAUUACCACUAGCAAUCGCUGCGGGAUUGAGUGUUGGGAAAGAAGGACCCAGUGUUCAUUAUGCAGUGUGUGUUGGAAAUUCCAUUGCAAAAUUAAUUACCAAGUAUAAAAAAAGUGCACUGAGAGGAAGAGAAUUCCUAACAGCAACAUCUGCUGCAGGUGUGGCAGUUGCAUUUGGGUCACCAAUGGGAGGAGUCUUAUUUUCUAUCGAGGAAAUGUCUUCGGUAUUUCAACUUAGUACCAUUUGGAAAUCUUAUUUCUGUGCAUUGAUUGCAGUGACAACAUUGGCUGCAAUCAACCCAUUUAGAACUGGUCAGUUGGUUCUUUUUGAAGUAACUUACGAUACGAAUUGGCAUUAUUUUGAAAUUCCAAUUUAUAUCCUUUUAGGUGUAUUUGGCGGUGUUUAUGGUAUUAUAGUGUCCAAACUUAAUAUUCGUGUUGUUGCAUUCAGAAAGAGAUAUUUGUCUAAUUUUGCCGUUAGAGAGGUGUUAUUUUUAACAUUGUUUACAGCAAGUUUUUCCUAUUUCAACCAGUUUUUGCGUUUGGACAUGACUGAAACAAUGGAGAUAUUGUUUCAUGAAUGUGAUAAGAACUUUAAUCAUGCAGUGUGUGAUCCAAAUAACAAGAAAGUGGGACUUAUUGUUUCCUUAUUGUUUGCGACGGUUGCCAGAAUGCUUUUGACAAUUAUUACAUAUGGAUGCAAAGUUCCUGCAGGUAUCUUUGUUCCUUCUAUGGCAGCAGGUGCAACUUUUGGAAGAGCUUUAGGAAUAAUGAUUGAUUUGUUCUAUCAAAACCAUAAGGGGUCGUUCUUGUUUCAAAAUUGCCCGAAAGAAGGAAAGUGUAUUAUUCCGGGAACAUAUGCCUUUUUAGGUGCUGCUGCAGGGUUAUGUGGUAUUACUGAUCUCACAGUUACUGUUGUCGUCAUCAUGUUUGAAUUAACUGGAGCUAUCCGUUAUAUUGUCCCUACAAUGAUUGUUGUUGCAAUAACCAAGGCUAUUAACGACAAAUGGGGAAAAGGAGGAAUCGCGGAUCAGAUGAUCAACUUCAAUGGUUUGCCAUUGAUUGAAACGAAGGAAGUGUUUUCAUUUGGAACUACUGUUGAAAGUGCCAUGUCCAAUGUUAUUGUUUCAUUUUCUAGUGACGUCAGUGAUGCUAUCACAUUAAAACAAUUACGCACAACACUUAACAAAACAAGCGUUAGAGGGUUCCCUAUCAUUCGAUCCGGGACAAACUCAAAAGUGCAUGGCUACAUUACUCGUUAUGAUGUUGAAUACAUUUUAAAGAGCCAAGAAAAUGUUAAUGAUGAUGUGCUAUGCAAUUUUAAUGAAAGUGAGAGUGGUAGUGUUGACAAGGUCGAUUUCAGUAGCUGCGUUAAUAAAUCACCAUUAACCAUCAGCAUUGAAACGUCUUUGGAAUAUGUGUUAGAUAUAUUUGCAAAAUUAGGUGCCAGAUACAUUUUGGUUGAAAAGGACGGAUUCUUAGUUGGAAUUAUAACCAGAAAAGAUGUUUUGCGAUACGAAUAUUCUGUUCAAGAACAUAAACAGGAUGCAGUAAAACAAGCACGACAUGAUGCGUUUGAUGCUAAAGUGUGGGAGUUCAUGAAUUUAAUAUCAACUUCUAUGCGCAAAAACGUGGGCAAAAUCUUACAUAAUGACGCUAAUAGAUAUUUGUAG